AUGUCAUCAGGUGAUGAUAUUUCGGACAAAUUGAAACAGAAACUGAAAAUACAGGUCUUCAAAGAUUUGGAUCUGAUUGAUGGGAAGAAGAUCGUUGUUUGGCAAAACGAUGUGCUGAGACGUAUAGAUCUUGUAUGUUGUUUAAACCUGCUGUUAUUUAAAGUUAAGAGAGUCAAGGUAAUCUUUUAGAUGAUUAGUGCCAGUGAAUUCUUGGAGCAUAAUGUUACACGUCACAUUUUGCUGCCAAUAAAGUUCGAGAAGGGAAGUGUACUUAAUUUGGAAGGUGCUACAAGUGUCAUUUUUGUGAUUCCACCACAAAAAGAGAGUUUUCUGGUGCUCAAAGAGAUUCUGUCUGCGAAGAAGACGGGCAUUUUUUAUCAUGUUAGAGUUGUCUGCCGUGUUUCCAAACAGUUGUCGGAUAUGUUACUUGGGAAUAAGGACCUGGAGAGGAAAGUCAAAAGUUUCGAAAUCUGGCCGUUUUUCUGGUCUCCAAGCUUUGGAGAUCUUGUUCUUAACACCUUUUCUCUGAAUCCUAUCAAAAUAUUUGUGGAUGAUGACUUCGAGCUGAUAUCGUUAUGCUCUUCUGGGAUCUCUGACUUGGGAAUUAUCCCGCAGAUUCGAUAUAAAGGGAAAUCGGCUGAAAAAAUUGUGAAUAAUGUCAAGGGGAACACGGUAGGUUUCUUCUACAUUAUGUGUGACUUCAUUUAGGGAAAGGGGGAAAACCUUUUUGAUGAAUUGGUGGUUAUCGACCGGGAAACAGAUCCAUUGACUCCUUUUAUGAAUCAAUAUUCUUUCUCCGGAAUCCUCGACGAUUUGUUUGGGAUUGAUGUUAAAAGUAACACACUGUGAUUUUAAUUACUUCUGUUGCAGAUAAUAUUAAAGUGCCUAAGGAAAUGAUGGAGAGAAAGGUUUUCUUAGAGAACGCAAAAUACGCUGAUGAAGGUGUAGACAUUAAACUCUCAACGGAUGUAUAUAGGGAGCUGAUUCACUUAUCUGUAAGGGAUGCCCUUGCAAAAAUCCGGAACAUCUUCAAGGAAUUAUCGGUUAUCGAGAAUGUAAGUGCCUCCCCCUCCGUGAAUGUCUGGUUCGAUUCCCAAAGAUUGGACCCCCAAAAAAUUCAGGGAACCUCAAAUAUUAAACCCCAAGAAUAGUACGAAAUACACGCUACGGUAUGUCAAUAAGCUUACGCAAUACCAAAUCAAGAAAUAUGGGGAAAAAUGUGGUCAGAUGAGGCAGAAAUGGCCGAAUCAGAAAAUUUGGGCUACCCUUCGUUGAAGCAAUUGGGUAUCGGCCAAUAUUUAUAUCCGAUGUUGCAAAAUUAGUUGACUAGCUGACCAACGUGGGUUACCCCGUUUUCACACCGAGGGUAGGUCAAGCCAUCUGUGGAAAGUUUUUCGCGGCCGCGGCGCGCGGAGCCCCCGGAAAAAUUAAGGCCGGUUUGGCUUGGGCAGAAUUACUUUUGCGAUUUAGAGCUAGGAAAAUAUUUGCGUUAAACUUUUACAAACGUUUUAAUUUUGCUGAAAGACUUGUGGUUAAGACGCAAGAAAUCAAAGUAAAUAGUUUAGAAUACUACUUUUCAAGGGCUUUCAAACGGUAUAUAACACUUGCUGUUUGGUGAGGAUCAGUUUGUCUGGAUGUCAAGACUUUUUGGCCCGCCUUAUAUCAUAGAAAAGAAAACUUGCUCCAAAAAACGAAGAGCCGUAAGUUUUUAACAGUAAUUAUAUACUUGUCCUCCAAUGGGUGUUAAACUAUUCUAGGGCAUGGUCAGUCUUAAUAUUUCUAUUAACUGAGCCUUCUCCUGGCUUCCCCUAUGCAUACAACGACGAAUUGAUGCGACCCAAAGUGUCGUCGACCAGAACUGACCGGAAAAGUCGUAGCGCCAAGUUUUUGGGGGUUCCCACUACAAGAGGUUGGGGGUCGAAUUAUAGGGGACCAAUCUUUGGGGGUCCAAUCUCUUUACUAGUCCUUCCGGAAAGUCGUCGGAAGUCGGCGACACGCACUGUGAGAAAAGUUUUCCUUGCACUGUGCAAUUUAUUGCUGUUUUCACCGUGUUUCGGCUGUCGCUCACACCCUGACUUUUUUCGCACAGUGCAAACGCCAAAAAUGAGUCCGACGACCGACUUUCCGGAAAGGCUACUGUUCCUCAUUUAUUUUCUCACAAAACUUUCAGGCGCAUAGUCAACUUAGCUCAGUCAACGACUUUAAGAAAUACAUGCCAGCGCUUCAGAAGUUGUCUCAAAGGAAGGACAAAGCUAGUGUCGCGCUUCAUCUGCUUACUAUUUGUUACUGUAGAAAUGCACAAUUUGGUCAAAAAACAUUGUAUGAAUUUGAACGCUGUAAGUAAAUGUAUUUUAUCUUUAUAGUUCCCUGUUUAAGCGGUUCUUUAUGGUGAAGUCAGUUCAGGGACUGCCUCUCCGAUGAUUGAGAUGCUGUUACUCAAUGGGAGUGAGGAAAAAGACACUAUGCAAGCCUUGUCUCUGAUAGUUGUCCAAUCAUUAGUUAACGGGGGUCUGCAACCAAAGGUUUGGGCCGAGUAUCAGCGAUUGAUCACACAGGUAAGUAACGAAUCACCAAGAGUCAAUUAUUGUAGUCAUUCGGAAUCGAAGCUGUCAAGUGGUGUUUGAAUUUGGAACACACCGGGGUUAUAAAUGACGUAAAUGACAAAUCCUCCCGGUUUAGCUGGCUCAGUAGCGAACUCAAGAAACUUCGAGUGGCUAUCGACCCGGAACAGGUAGAGCGAAAUGACUUUAUAUUCACUGUAAAAAUCCCCUUUUUAGGACAUCAAAGCGGAUCAUUACUCGGGUUAUGUCCCAUUAAUGGUAAGGAUGUUGGAAAAGGGGAUCCGGGAUGGCUGGAAAACGUUUCAAACCAUUCAGCUUGAGCAAAACUCACCCAUUUACAACGGUCUCUCAAUCAGACGAGCUCUCUUUGUGGUUGGAGGAUUGACCCGGUCAGAAUUGGGAUGUUUGAGGUCCCUGGGCUUCACUGCCAUCUUCACCACUAAUAUAUUGCAAUCAGAUGACCUCAUUCAGUUGUGCAAAUUAAAGGAAUAA